GAAAAGAAAAUGCCAGCAAGAACAAAGGUCUCCUCUCUCUCUCUCUCUCACACACACAUCAGUGCAGAAGCAACAAAUCUCGCUUGGUUUCCGAGAAGAACAAAGAAGGUGAACUCGCCGCCGGAAAGCUCCCGAUGAAACUCCGGCGAGAGUCUCCGGCAAUGUGUGGAUCACGCGCUCCCACGCUCCUACUCUGUGGUGUUGUUUUGAUGCAGCUCCUAGCUGCUCAAGUCGAUGCUCAAAGAUCUGGGAGAAGUCCAUGGCAGACACUCACUGGAGAUGCUCCUCUUGUCAUUGCUCGUGGCGGGUUUUCUGGACUGCUUCCAGAUUCGAGUAUCGAUGCUUAUGGUUUGGCAUUGCAGACAAGUGUAAGUGACGUUGUCCUAUGGUGUGAUGUGCAACUAACCAAGGAUGGAGUUGGGAUUUGCUUCCCUGAUGUAAAUCUGCGCAAUGCUUCGAAUAUAGAUGUUGUCUACCCGAAAGGGCAGAGUUCUUACAUUGUUAAUGGUGUCCCUACUCAAGGCUGGUUUUCCAUUGAUUUCACCUUGAAGGAUCUGGGAGACGUUGCCUUGAUUCGGGGAAUAUUAUCACGGCCAAAUGCAUUUGAUUCCAAGUACUCGGUGCAGACCGUUGAAGAUGUGGCUAAGACGGUGAAACCUCCGGGUUUUUGGUUGAAUAUUCAGCAUGGUGCAUUCUACGCCCAACAUAAUCUGAGCAUGAGAAGCUUUGUUCUUUCGAUUUCCAAAAGUGUCGUUAUUGAUUUUAUCUCUUCUCCCGAAGUUAAUUUCUUGCGGAGCAUUGCUGGUCGUUUUGGACGUAAAGGGCCGAGAUUUGUAUUUCAGUUUCUGGGGCAAGAAGACGUCGAGCCUUCAACCAACCAGACCUAUGGCUCUCUCCUUCAUAACCUGACCUUUAUCAAGACAUUUGCCUCGGGAAUUAUUGUUCCCAAGAUUUACAUAUGGCCAGUCAGCAGCCUGUACUUGCUUCCGCCUACUUCUUUAGUUCAGGAUGCCCAUAAAGCGGGUCUGGAAGUAUAUGCAUCGGGUUUUGCAAAUGACUUUGAUAUGGCUUACAACUAUAGUUUUGAUCCAGUGGCCGAGUAUCUCUCUUUCAUGGACAAUGGAAACCUCUCUGUUGAUGGUGUUCUGUCUGAUUUUCCCAUAACAGCAUCUGAAGCUGUCGAUUGCUUUUCCCACCUUGACAGAAAUGCUCCAAAACAAGCGGAUUUUCUUGUCAUCUCCAAAGAUGGUGCGAGCGGAGACCUCCCCAGUUGCACUAAUGUGGCUUAUGACAAGGCUAUCAAAGAUGGUGCAGAUGUUAUUGAUUGUUCUGUUCAAAUGUCAAUGGAUGGUGUUCCUUUUUGUUUAAGUUCAUUCGAUAUCGGGAACAGCACAAUGGUUGCCCGAUCUAGUUUCAGCAACCGUUCAUCGAUUGUUCCCGAGAUCAGCCCGGUCGCUGGAAUAUACACCUUUAGUCUCACAUGGGCUGAAAUCCAAAGUUUGGCACCUGCUAUUGCAAAUCCCUUUAGGGAGUACAACAUGUUUAGGAAUCCGAGGGAGAAAAAUUCUGGAAAGCUAAUCUCCUUGUCUGAUUUCUUGAACCUGGCAAGAAACUCCAGUUCUCUCACCGGUGUUUUGCUCAGUGUGGAGAAUGCAGCAUACUUGAGAGAGAAACAGGGACUUGAUGUGGUUAAAGCAGUUCUCGACACACUUGGAGAGGCCGGAUUCAGCAACAGAACGGCUAAAAAGGUUAUGAUCCAGUCAACCAACAGUUCCGUCCUAAUCGAAUUCAAGCAGAAGAGCCGUUACGAGACUGUGUACAAGAUCGAAGAAGCCAUCCGAGACAUUCUUGACUCAGCGGUCCAAGACAUAAAAAAGUUCGCCAACUCAGUUACCCUGACGAAACAAUCAGUAUUCUCCCUCGGUGGCCCAUUCACCACAGGCCAGACCGAUGUUGUGACGAAGCUACAGAAGUUACAGGUCCCGGUUUACGUGGAACUGUUCCGUAACGAGUUCGUGUCACAACCAUUUGACUUCUUCUCUGAUCCAACCGUCGAGAUCAACUCGUAUGUGAACGGAGCCGGUGUCAAUGGAACCAUCACCGAGUUCCCUCUCACAGCCGCAAGAUACAAAAGAAACAGAUGCUUGGGCUUCAGAGAAACUCCAUCUUACUCGAGCCCUGUACAACCGGGCAGUCUUUUAACCCUUGCCACGGCUUUGCCUCCGGCCGAGGCUCCAAACCCUGUUUUCUCGGAUGCUGACGUCACUGAGCCGCCUCUACCUCCGGUUGCAGCCAGAGCACGGAGCUCCUCCAGCCCUGGAACCCCGACCGCCGGUUCGCAAGCGCAUAAUGGAGAAACCCGAGUGGCUCAAUCUCUGUUUCCGUCUGUUCUCACUAUGCUUCUCGCCUCUCUACUGCUCCGACAGUAGUUGUGUUUUUGUAUUUUCUUUCCAGAGGAUUUUUUUUACUGCGGUGGAAAACUUUUCUCUUUUCACGCGGCAGCCUUUGGCAGUGGUGAAUUUGUGGGGUUUGUCUGGUCAUUCAUAGGCUCUGUCCCUUGUAGUAGGAAUAAAAUUCUUGGAGUAAAUUUGUAACACGGAUUCACACAGAUAUUCAUUUGUUGUAUGUAACAUA